CCUGCUGGCAGGAUCCUCCUGAUCUGUUCUGCUUUGGUAUUUCCUGAAAACGACGCAGCAGAUUCUGUCCCGGUUCUUUAUCCACCUACAGGAAAAGGGGCCUCUUCUGCCAGUGCUUCAGGUGCCUUAAAACUUUGUUUGGGGGCUAUUCCAAGCCCCCUUCUCCGGGAGCUGCCGGAGAGCGAGCAGCUGGAGUUGUGUAUUGGAAGCGUUCUCAGAGGAGUUCCUGUUGACAUGUUGUUGGGAUUGUGCAAGUGCAAACCUUGUGGACUAGACUGAGUCAGCUAGCAACAAACCCAAAUACCCACCCAAGUCUGAUUAUCUACCGCCCUUCCCCAGGAAAGGCCCCACAGAGCACAGCCCUGCACGUGGGCUGUCCCCUGCUGGGGCCCUGUCAGAUCUUGGGCUAAGCAGGGCUGUUCUUGGUCAACAUUUGGAUGGGAGAACUGCAGGGAAGCCAAGUGUUGGGAGAAGGGGUGUUGUGCUAGUGAUUCAGUGGAAGAGACUCUGGCUGCUCAUGACCUUAAAGAUCCCCUGGGACUCUUCUGGGAAGUGUUGUUUUGUGAACCUCAGUUUGCUGGCUGACUUCUGACCGGAGAAGGGCUUUGUCUGUACAUUCUCCUGCAGUUUCAGCUGGCUGUGGUGUGUGUUGCUCUGUUUCCUGAGCUCUUGUACCAUCGCUGUUACACAGCUGCCAUGCUGCACCUCAGAGGUGGAUGCAUAUCAGUGGCCGCAAUGAGCCCCUGCGGAAGGAACGGCCCAAAUGGAAGAGCGACUACCCCAUGACGGACGGGCAGCUGCGCAGCAAGCGGGACGAGUUCUGGGACACGGCACCUGCCUUCGAGGGCCGCAAGGAGAUCUGGGAUGCUCUGAAGGCGGCUGCCUACGCUGUGGAGGCCAACGACCACGGGCUGGCCCAGGCCAUCCUGGAUGGCGCCAGUAUCACCCUGCCCCACGGGUCCCUGACCGAGUGCUACGACGAGCUGGGGAACCGCUACCAGCUGCCCGUGUACUGCCUGGUGCCACCUGCCAACCUCAUCCUGGAGCGGGGUGGUGACGAGAGCACGGAGCCCCCGGAGCCGGCGCCCAGCGCCCGGCGUGAGUUCCCGCUCAAGGUGCGGCUCUCCACCGGCAAGGACCUGCGGCUGAGCGCCAGCAUGGCCGACACCGUGGGGCAGCUGAAGAAGCAGCUGCAGGCGCAGGAGGGCAUCGAGCCGGGCUGGCAGCGCUGGUUCUUCUCCGGCAAGCUGCUGACGGACCGCACGCGGCUGCACGAAGCCAAGAUCCAGAAGGACUUUGUCAUCCAGGAGCCGCAUUCCCAGGGCGCCGGGACCCUGCGGUGCCCAGGGCGCCUGGCACCUCGGGCUGCCCUCCCAAGCCCAGCUCCUGGGGCGAGCCAGCCUGGACACUUGGCCCUGCCGCAUGUCACCUGGCACCUCCCAGGCAGGCCAGGCAUUGGGUGGGGCCAGGCAGGGGACAGCUCUCCCGGUGUCUAUGGGUCUGCGUAUUUAUCAAUAAAUCCUUUUUAGCUUUUCCCGGC